AUGUACGGGCCCAUCACGUUCCGUGAAGAAGAGGAAGGGAUCAUUUACCCCCAUGAUGACCUGAUGAUCAUCCGAGCUGAAAUCGCCGACUGCGAUGUAGAGCGGGUACUGAUCGAUAUGGGAAGCUCGGUAAACGUAAUUUUUGCCGAUGCUUUCAGAGGAAUGAGAAUUGCCAAUAGCCAAGUCAAUCGACAGAUAACUACCCUACUUAGCUUUUCUGGGGAUCUGGUCCAGCCAGUCGGUAGCAUCAAUCUACCCAUCAUAUUCCUCCUAUGUCGGCAGCCCGACCAGCUGAUUUUCAAAGGGGAUAUCUCUCAGCCCAGACCACCAAAUCGAGCAAGACCAGUGCCAAACGAACUACCUCACUCCCCUUUUUCAGUCUCAGCCCAUCCCAGCCUCGAUUCGCCGUCGUGGUCACCGAAAACCGCCACGAAACAGGGCGGUUUGGAUAGUUUUUUAUGGAAUUUCACAGAGCUCGUUCGGACACCUCCGGCCACCAAAUCGGACGAUCACCAGGUGUCAGUUUUAAACAGGAUUCGGCCCGGAUUUCAAAGUGGAAUUUGGGUCGGGUCGUUUCACAUCACCUUCGGCGUUGAUUGCCCAACGACAUAUAAUGUCAUUGUCGGACGGACGACACCUACUAGAGUUAAAGCGCACUUGUCCCCCCACAUGUUGCUGAUGAAGUUUUCGACUUGCAAUAGUACAGGCGCUGUUCGAGGAGACCAGCUCAGUGCGCGGACAUGCUAUGCAACGGCACUAAAGUCCGUAGCUUGCAAACCGCCAAUGGAAGCCAUGUCCGUCCAAGGGGCACCAAACGGCAGCGGGCCUGUUGACGACCCAAGGGAAGAGAAUCCGACGCCACAAACACAACUUACUGAAGAACUGGAAACGGUGAUCCUGAAUGAAGAGUAA